ACGGAAAUGUCAAAAAUAAAUAUUUAUAUUUAAAUAUAAACUAUUAAAAUAUAUUAUUUUUAUGAAUUUUAUUAUUUAUUAUUCUAUAAAUAAAAAGUGAAUUUAUAUUCAUUUAUAAUUAUAUUUAACAUUUAUUAUGAAUUUUAUUAUUUUGACGGAAAUUUCAAAAAUAAAUAAAUAUUUAUAUUUAAAUAUAAAUUAUUAAAAUAUAUUAUUAAGUGUAAUCUUUGAAAAAGAUACUUAAGAAUCUUUUAGAUAUCUUAUUUUGAAAAUUAAAAUAAUAUGUUAGAUAUGAUAUAUAUUUAAUAAUAACUAAGUUAGUUGAAGGAAAAAUAAUACAAAAUUACAUUGUUAACUAGGGUCGGACCCGCCCGUAGGGCGGAUAAGCAAAUGAACGAAAUUAUAUAAAUAUAUUUAAAAUUAAAUAGAGAGUUUAUUUUAAUUAUUUUCCUUAGCACCUUACAAAAAACAUGUCUGCUAACAAAAAUUUUCAUUUGGUCAGCAAUCUCAAACCCUAUAAGAAUAAGCGGCGUGUUCAAGUGAAAUUGAUUCACUCAUGAAUACAAAACCCAUUUUAUGCUGAUGAAACCUUAAAAAUGGUUUUAGCUGAUGAAACAAUUAGUUUUAUAAUCUGAACAUUUUUUUAUUUAUUUUUUUGAUAUGUAUGUUUCUGGUAGAUUUUUUUUUUAGGGUAAUAAAAUUCAGUGUUAAGCGAGAGAACUAAACAAAAAUGGCCCAAACUAAAAAAUAUAAUAAUAAUGGGCCUUUGAAAAUAGAUAAGCUAUGUUUCAAAUUGUUUAGAAAACAUAAGCAUAUUAGUUUAUAUUAAUUAACUCAAUUCAUAUUUAAUAAUCUGUUUUCUAAGUUCAAAUAAAAAAAAAUUGAUUACACAUGCUAAGUUUUAAUAAGAUAGAUGACUAAUAUAGUAGUGUUACAAAAAAAAAAGAUGACUAAUAUAGAAAUAAUAUUACACUUAAGAUGACUUACUUUUUACUUUUGCUAAAAAUAUUCAAACUCAUUUUUAAACAAAUAACAUUAUUUUCAUUUUUUAAGUUUAUUAUACAAUUGACGGUAACAGAUGAAUAACCAUAUUAACUUCAUCGAUCUUAGAUAUAUUACUAAUUUGUCAAAAUUGUAGUAUAGUUUUAUAUACAGUAUAUCAUGGUGUAACAAGAUAUAAUUAUAUCAUAAAAAAAUUGAAAUCAACACCCGAUUGCGCAGAUUUAGCUCUAGUCUAUUUUAAAAUGUAAAUUUGAGGUUUGUUGGCCGGUCAUAUCCCAAAUGGGUUUAAACCCAAAAUAUCUAAAGUCCAAAUAAGCUUAGGUCAAAAGACUCAAGUUUUUUGAUUAUACAACUAAGUCCAAACCCGAUAAUUUAUAGAAUUGGGUGGGUUCGAAUUCCGAGUUUCGGUCCUGACUCCUGACAUGUCUAAAUAGCAUGACCCCUUUUUAAUUUAAGCUUCUGGUGUACGGAGUUAGAGAGAUUUACUAGGGUUAGAUCUAAUCUAGGGUUUUUAACCAAGACCUAUAUAUAACCUUAUUUAUUACCUACGCUCCUCUUUUAAAAGAGAAAAGGCAAAGAGUAGAUGGAGAGAGAUAUAUUUAGGGUUUAGAAACAAGCAUGAUGAUCACACGCAGCAAAAAGAAUAAAACCACCUUUACCACUAAUCCACAAACCUCAAGCAGCUUUGAUGGACUCCCUCUAGACUUGGUGAUUGAGAUUCUUGGAAGAUUUCCUAUAAAAUCGAUAGCUAGGUUUCUUCUAGUAUCCAAGUUAUGGGCUACCAUCAUCCACAGUCGAGAUUUUAUUGAAUCUUUUCCCCUUGGUUCUUGUUCUUCUCAACCACGUUUCCUAAUCGCUUUCAGUGGUCUAGAUAUAAAGAAAGGAACGCAUUACGCAAAAGAAGAUUGGUACUUCUUCUCGUCGUCUUUCCUCUCGCGCUCAUCAUGUUCAUUACCACCUGUGUACCGUUCGCAUUACGUUAAAGGACUAUUAUGCAUCGGAAGUGGUCGAGAACAAUUCAUAGUUAACCCCACCAGUGGUAAGUCCAUAGCUUUACCCAGAGUCAGAACCAGAAGAAGGACCACAAAAAGUUUUUUUGGAUAUGAUCAAGUUAAUGAUGAGUAUAAAGUAUUGUGCUUGACGGAAGCACUAAGUGGUCUUCAUGCUGAAGAACCUUCGUCUCAGCAUCAAGUAUUCACAUUAGGAGCUAAGAAAAAAUCAUGGAGAAUAGUAGAAUGUAGCAUUCCUCACCGUCCUUGUUCUAGCGGUGUGUGCAUAGAUGGUUUUAUAUAUUAUGCUGCUAAAACGGGUUCGCAACGCAGCUUAAUGAGAUUUGAUUCGAGGUCUGAAGAGUUUCAUCUUAUUACUAGAGUACCCUCAGAGAUUGUACUAUCUAAGGAUCAAUAUAGUCACGCUAUGAUUAUAAACUACCAAGGGAAAGUAGCAAUACCCACCAAAACAUCAACAUACACGUUUGAUGUGUGGGUUAUGGAUCAAAAUGCUGAAGAACGUAAAUGGUUGAAGAAACUUACAUUCAGUGUUGAACCUUGGAAGAGUGCAUGUAGGUUUAUAUACUUCAAAGGCAUCACUCAGACGGGUGAGUUUAUUAUGGCACCAUACAGCUACGACUCUGAAAAUGUUUAUGUUGCCCUUUACAACCACUACACUGAUACCUUAAGAAAAGUUAAGGUCCAAGUAAGCGCAGACUUUAACUUCAAGCCUAAUCUGCCUGGAAUUUUCUUUUCAGAUUACAUAGAGUGUGUUCGGUUUUUGUAGAAUAUGUUUUGUUUUUUUUUUUUCUAAACCGUUGAUUAGUUUUAUUUCAUAAACUAUGAUCCCCAUAUUUUCUCAAACUUAAUUUGUCUGCUUAGUAACAAAUAAAACUUUCGUUGUUGAAUGUCUGGAAUUUAUUACUAAGCGUGAACAUACAAGUUAAGUAUUUAUAACACCAAACUAUUCACACACAAACAAAUUGCCUAUUGGAAAAAACAUACAAAUAACCAAAUAAUCUUUACAUGUUUGCGAUUGCUGUGACAAAAGGCACCAAUCUUCAGUAAUCUCCUCUACCCAAAGCCACAUCAUUCAACGCUUCCCAACAUAGAGUGCUUUCCACUAGCAUAAGCAAUAUGACUCGUUUAAUCUAAAGAUGAAGUUACAAGAUUUCUAUUAUAUAUAGCUCGUCUUUUUUUUCUUCCUUCUUACACACAGAACUCAAGCCUUGGGAUGACACUCUGUUCUGCAGGAAUCUCUCAUCAAUGCUUCUUGAGAGAGCUUCGAAGAUCUCUGAGGAUCUAAUGAAGCCAUCGGAUUUAUUUAUCAGUUGAUAGAUUCUGUUUUUCGGUGAUGGUAAACAGAAACAAUGCUGCAGUUGUAUCUUGGGAAUCUGAGCGCCAUAAAACCGUCACACUACGGGGCGUUUAAAGAUUUAAGAAAAGAAAAAGACUGUAGGCACCAAAUUUACUAGAUAGGCAAAUUUGAUAUGUAAAGCAAAAAAUUUACAAAUAACAUGAAUAAAAAAUAUAAUAAUAUAAUACCAAAGUUGAAAAAGAACUAGGUUGAAGCAGAGUCGAGAUUAGAUCUCUUUCCUUAAUCCUUUAAACGCCCGUAGUGUGCCGGUUUGAUACGUUUAAGAAUCCCAGGAUACAACUGCCUAUAUCUUCAGUCUCACAGCACUUGAGAACCAAAGCCUGUCGAACUUAUUUCUAUGUUAUACUCUCAGACACAAAACAAAAAGAAAUAGGAGAAAGUGGUUUUGUUUGUAUUGGAUGUGUGUUUUGAGAAUGAGAAGAGCAUGACCUUUAUAUAGAAUAUAAAGUCUAACGUGUGCUACUGCGAGCACUAAAUGGAGAUGGUGGUUUUUGAUUCCUUCAUAAUGACUAUUAAGAGGUGAUUGAUUUUCAUAUGUUACGAAAAUAAAUUCACAAAAUCAACUUGACAUUGGUCAAAGAUUUAGUCAAGUAGUAAUGAAGAGCCUUGGUCAAAAACGUGAGAAUCAUUCUCUACACCAAGAGAUAAUAUGCUUGUAUUAUUUAUUUAAAUAAUUAGCAAAUGAAUUUGGGCUAACAAGAUUAAUCUUAUUUGAUUAAUUCCAAAACUUGAUCCAGCCCAAAUAUCUCUUUUUAUAAUACACCAAAGUGUCUAUAAAGUUUUUUUUAUAACUUUGUUAUAACUUCUCCAUUUUAAACACAAGAGGUUUCUUACCUCACAAUUCUAAUAUAGAUAUUUUACAAAUAAUCUAUUUUAGACUUUCAUUUCUCAUUCAAACGAACUUCGUUUUUGAUAUAUGAUUACACUAUACCAUAGUGCUCAUAACAAUGAAUCCUACGAUUCCACAAUCCGGUCAUUUCGACAAUCAAAUUGCUCGAAAAAUUUACCGGAAUAUUGGCCAUAGCCAUUUGUCCAAAAAACAGUUCCAACAAUCCCCCACAUGAAUAGAAAUGACUCUAGACACUAGACGACUCGAUAGACUUGACAGACUUGACUACCUAGACAAGACUCGACAAGACUCAAAAAGACUCGAUAAAAACAACUUUUGAGAGUAUAAACAAAAAAUCCACUGCAUGAUGAGUUGGUAGCAAUUUUUCAGCCUUGAACCAGUCAUUGUUAAUAACUAUCGGAUUUACUCGGCCAGGAGGUGGCCAUGAUGUCUUGAACCUCCCGGGCUUUGGUGUAAACCUAGACAAUAGCCAAAACACAGCUUCAUUUUUUCAUAGAUUAGGUUCUCUAUUGUGUUCAUUUUGGCCGUGAACAGUCCUGGUAAUCAUGAGUGAACUUGGAGAAUAUAGCCUUUCCUUCAUUCUCCUAGAAACGGCCCCAUUUCACACUCAUCAGGUGAUUUGCCAUUAGUUUUGUUUAGAGGAGUAUCAUGUACUACUCCAUUCAUAUUUCAAAACAAUGAACACAAAUCAUUAAAAGCUAAUGCUUAUCCUGUAUUCCUUACAUGUAGCACUGUUUAAUCAUCAUAGGAACUGGGUAUAGACCGAAGUCUUACAGUGCUUUGGGCAGACUUAGUUUCACUUAGUUGUCUCCUUGAACCUAUUUCUUGGGAUCUCCAGUCAGUUAGGUAGAGUUACCGCGAAACCUCAUCUUAAUUCACAGGCGACCCAUUCCUUUUGAUGAUAUAACAAUUUGAUCUCAUGACACACCUAUAAUAAAAGGAUCCUAGGUUGUCAUCAUAGUGAACAUAAUCUCUUGAUAUUAGUCGAGAUCAAUUGUUGGAAGCAGCCCAUAACUUUUAAGUACAUAACUUAAUACUAUAGUUAUAGCUUUUCAGUAUUUAUUUAACUGAAUUACUUGUGUGGUAAGAUUUACUCACCCCCACAUUUUCUGAAUUAACUUAGAAAUUAUAUUUUCCAAGUCUCAUAUUUUGAACAUAUUUUAAAGCACACAAAUAUAGUGAUUUAAUUCAAAAUGUUCGUUUUCUCUCCAAGAGAGGUCGAUGGGGGUUUUUCUUUUUCUUUAUACAUUUUUUUUUUUUUUUUCAUACACAAUGUUUUUCCAUGAACAAACAAUUGUAGAAAAAAUUCAAUCAAAUAAGAAAAAACUGCAUUAUUCUUUAUUGAAUUGAAAUGGAAAAACAAAUGAAAAACAUCCCUUACAUAUUUUAAGGUAGGACUGUCUUAACACACAUUUUGACAAGUCCACCUUGAACAAACCCCUUUCCCAAGUAAACCCCAUGUUUCUUGAGUACAACCUUAUCAGAAUCAAAGGUUAUAGCAAAUCCAGCUUUGCUCAAAAGUGAACCGGAAAUCAGAUUCUUCCGCAUAUCUGGUACAUGCUUCACAUUCUUAAGAGUUAUCUCUUUUCCUGAUCAAUUGGUGACAGCUUGUCCUGUGGGAAUGCUGUUAAAGGGUGAGGUCCUAGGUUCGAGGCCCACCAACAACCUAAUUAUGGAGUUAGUGAGAACUCAUAAUAGAGGGGUUGGGGUCGGUGCGCUGCAGGGCUGUGAGCCUGGGGCCCACGGGACAGGUAGUUCCCACGGGGCGGGUUGUCACAAAAAAAAGUCGAUUUUCUAAGACUGUAGGCACCAAAUUUACUAGAUAGGCAAAUUUGAUAUGUAAAGCAAAAAAUUUACAAAUAACAUGAAUAAAAAAUAUAAUAAUAUAAUACCAAAGUUGAAAAAGAACUAGGUUGAAGCAGAGUCGAGAUUAGAUCUCUUUCCUUAAUCCUUUAAACGCCCGUAGUGUGCCGGUUUGAUACGUUUAAGAAUCCCAGGAUACAACUGCCUAUAUCUUCAGUCUCACAGCACUUGAGAACCAAAGCCUGUCGAACUUAUUUCUAUGUUAUACUCUCAGACACAAAACAAAAAGAAAUAGGAGAAAGUGGUUUUGUUUGUAUUGGAUGUGUGUUUUGAGAAUGAGAAGAGCAUGACCUUUAUAUAGAAUAUAAAGUCUAACGUGUGCUACUGCGAGCACUAAAUGGAGAUGGUGGUUUUUGAUUCCUUCAUAAUGACUAUUAAGAGGUGAUUGAUUUUCAUAUGUUACGAAAAUAAAUUCACAAAAUCAACUUGACAUUGGUCAAAGAUUUAGUCAAGUAGUAAUGAAGAGCCUUGGUCAAAAACGUGAGAAUCAUUCUCUACACCAAGAGAUAAUAUGCUUGUAUUAUUUAUUUAAAUAAUUAGCAAAUGAAUUUGGGCUAACAAGAUUAAUCUUAUUUGAUUAAUUCCAAAACUUGAUCCAGCCCAAAUAUCUCUUUUUAUAAUACACCAAAGUGUCUAUAAAGUUUUUUUUAUAACUUUGUUAUAACUUCUCCAUUUUAAACACAAGAGGUUUCUUACCUCACAAUUCUAAUAUAGAUAUUUUACAAAUAAUCUAUUUUAGACUUUCAUUUCUCAUUCAAACGAACUUCGUUUUUGAUAUAUGAUUACACUAUACCAUAGUGCUCAUAACAAUGAAUCCUACGAUUCCACAAUCCGGUCAUUUCGACAAUCAAAUUGCUCGAAAAAUUUACCGGAAUAUUGGCCAUAGCCAUUUGUCCAAAAAACAGUUCCAACAAGAAAUACGGUGAAUCUAACACCACUUUUAAAUCCAAAUCUCCUCGUUCAGGCAGAGGAGGAAAGUCUAAAUGAGGAAAUGAUUUCUCAAAACUUUCCAGCAACUGUUGAUAAAAAAUGGAAAAACAGCUAUGUUAUGAUCAGCCUUCCACAUGCCAUAUAUACACUGAACUAACUGAAGAUGGACACAACGGUGAAGCUUACAUUCUCUAGUAUCGGCUGUGCAUAUAGCUCAACAAACUUUUCCCGUAAUAUCUUGUUCAAUUUAUCAACGUCGCACGCAUGUGUCCAAAACGAGUCAUGAACUCCUGUUAACAAGCAAUGGGUUAGUUGACAAAAGAUCAAGAUGGAAAUCCAAAAACAAUUUUAAGUUGUGAAAAAGGACAGAACCUGCAAAACACAAGCCUGCUCUUUUGCAGGUAACUGCAGUCAUCAUCAUAUGACACCCGUCCAGAGAGUGAAUAAAAUUUGGAGGAAAAGCUGUCCUUUGUCUCCUUACAACGACCUGCCAAAACCAAAUCCCACAAACCUUUUUCUGAGAAUAAGCCAGCAUCAUACUCUCUUUCUUUACAUAUCUUUUGUUAAUAAGCAAAACCUAAGGUAAAAGCUGAGGCAGACCUUAUCAGUUUCACGCUGAAGCGAUAAGGUUUGGAGGGAUGUCUUUACCUGCAUUCAUUUCCAUAGAAAAUAAGACAUCCAUUACAUUUAUACUCUGUGUUCCCAUUUCAAGCUAAGGUUGCACAACAGGAAGACCCAACGGUGUUGUCCACCGAACUGUUUCGUUUUCUGCCGUAAUUAUCUGCUCGUAGAAAGAUUUUGUUGUUUGUUUCAUUUCAUAAGGAAUUGUAAGAGUACAAAAGUAAAUAAAAUAGACGUUGAAAAAAAUGACUACACACCUUUGCACAUUCACCAAACCAACGCAUGAUGGCGCGUGCAGCUUCAAACAUUUCAUCUAUAGCAGUUGAUGUUACCUGCCCAACGAUCAUUUUUACUUUUGAUUAGCUUCCAAAAGUACAUGAGAACUGAAAAGUACUUUAAUCCUUUUGAGCACAUAUUCUUUGAAGACCAGACGAAACGAAAAAGUUUCAAAUCAAGAUUUUUCUAGUGUAAAGUACUCUCAUAUGUCGCUAAUAUAUAUACCUUUGCUCCAUAGCAAGCUGCCCCGAAAGUUUCUAGUGUAAAGUACUCUCAUCUGUCGCUAAUAUUAAAAAUAAAAACAAGAGAAUUACUGUGUCUCUACCAAGCGCCGCAUAAUGCUGAAAACCAUUGCAGGAACCAUCCUGACCAGAACCAAAGUGCAAGAAAGAAGUUCGUUUUAAGGCACACACUGAUUGAAAGAGAAACUACUCAUUAGAAACUUUCAAUCCUGAAGGAGGAGAUGUCAAUGUGUUAACGUCUGCUAGAAAGUACCUGAUGUAUAGGAAUGUGAGAGAGAACUGUCUCCGGGGAUGGACUUCUGAGAGCUUCGGUGAGAUUUAUGCACACAGCCAAGCACUGGAACGGGUCCUCAGCUUGCAGCCACCAUCUGCUUCCUUCAAGUGGUCUGUCUGCCGAAUCAAAUAUGUCCUCCAAGUGAUUUUCGGUGAAAGCUAGCCGUCCCUCGUAUGAUAACUUAUCUACACCACCAGCAUACAAGUUUGCUAAUUGUAUCUUCAGCCAGCGUAAGCCUGGACUUCUCAGAGGCCUUCCCUCAGCAAACUCCAAAACACCCCGACACAGAUCAGAACCGAGAUGGUUUAAAUGUGGGGGCAUUGGAUAUGCACGUCCUCUGAAGUCAAUAUUGUGGGGAUAGUAAAAACCUUCCUCGUCUUUCAUCUUCUGUGCUACCUGUGAGGACAUUGGUUUCUUUUUUUUUUUUAUAACGUCGUACUUUAUUAAGAAUAACUUGAGUUUACAUAAAAAUGAUAGAUAAAAGGAGAAGUUCCAAAAUGUUGUUCCUUUGCCAACUUGUCCGAAGAAUCCAUUGCAUCUUUAAGUCUUCCAUCAUUUUUGUCUGCCACCAAUGUAUUUCCCGUAUCCAGUUGUAUAGACCAAAGUGUAACACUCUGUUCUGAAUAAUGUCAUUAGCUUUCUUGCAUCACUUUCAAUUAUCACCUUCUUAAACCCUUUACCCCAACAGUAUUGUAAAGCCAUGAGUAUUGCUUGUAAUUCACUCUCAAGCGCACUUUGAACUCUUCUUCCUACACAUUGGACUGCUCCCAUAUAUCUUCAUGUAUCAUUUCUCAAAGCCCAACCAGCUGCUCUACUCUCUAUUAUAGUUCUCAAAAACGACUAAUCCACAUUGCAUUUAAUGUAGGAAAACCUCUUAUUGAAUAGAUGGGUUGAGGCCAUUUUACCAUAUAUAUUGGGGACUGGGGUUUACAACCAUAUCAUGAAAAAGAUCAUAGAUAUGUUUUGAUAGACAACUAAAGAUCCUGAAAGAGUUGUGUUAACUUAACAGAUAUUUCAAAAAUCUGCUAUUGAACAUGGAAACCAGAUUAUUGGUCUUUGUCACAUACAUACCCGUUGUUAUCGCCGCUUACCAUAUAGAUAACUGACUCGCAACCUAAUGGUCCUGAUGAUCCAGCUAACACCCUUUUUCUUGCACCUAAGUUGUAUAGUCUCUGUGAAGUAUUGUUAAGAGCACACUUUAUACUUAAUUUGUGUGAGAUGAAAAUUUGUAUCAGUUUUAUGAAUUUAUUUGUACUAUAAAAUAAUGGCAGAGUUUAGUUUACUGAUAUUUGAGCUGGGGGAGUUUUGAUCAGGAGAUUUGCAUAGUCUAGUCCACUGUAGAUUUGGCUGUUUGAGUAUCUCCCAGGCAUAAGGUAGAUGUUGAAGUAACCAUUGCUUCCUAUAUUAUUUUGGAUUCUCAUUUCUGUACAAAUACGAAAACUAACAGAGUAUUAUUUGAAAAAAAUUAUGAUGUUAGUUUAUUGCAUAGUAAACAUUUCUAUAAUAUUUUAUAAUGUGUGGAAGUUCAAGAAGAGACCACAAGGAUGGAACCGGAGAAUCCGUCCUCGUGUCUCACAAAGAAUAUAUCAAUUUCGAUGUUCAAACUAUAGUAUGUAUAAUAAAUUUGAUUAAAAAUUCAUCCAACAAUGCAUUUUUUUUUUAACAAAUUGAUGGUUAAAACUUAAAAGGGAUCUUUUUGGGUAAAAUAAAAAUCUGAGACUUAUUUAGAAACCCUAAGAAACUAAAUUGUUAAUUUAAAUCAAUCAAUACAAGUGUUUAUAAACACUAAAAUUUAAGACUAGCUUCAAAGCUUCCUAAAUCUUAACUAACCAUGUUUUACUUCAAGAACGUUUCGUAUAUACUCCCUCUGUUCGGAUUUAUAUGACGUUUUAGAAAGAUUAGAAACUGGCACAUAAAUUAAGAAUGUUGCUAUAAUAUCUAUUUUAACCUUUCAUUUAUGUUUUAUUUUCAAUUGACUUCAUAUCAUUAUCACUAGAGAUCAUUAAUUGCAAGGGUAGAAAAAGUCAUAUGUUAUCUUUUUUUACUUAGGACUUUGUGAACGUCAAGUAUUAUGAGACAAAAGAAAAUCUCUAAAACGUCUAAUAAUUUCGAACGGAGGGAGUAUGUAUCUCCUACUUUUGCUCUGUAAUCAGCGAAUGAAAUAAGACUAGCUAAUGUUAUUUAUCAAAAGAAAAAAAAAGGCUAGACAUGUUUUUUUCUUAAGUUUAUCAAUAAGUACAUCUUUAAUAUAAACCUCCUCGCCAUUACCAAGAAGAAGUAUCUUUUUGUCGGAAACCCUAGCUAGUCUCUUAUUUUCACAAAAUCUAUGACAUCUUAUAUAUAAAAACCCAGCUAUAUCUCGAUCAUUGACGUCAAAUUUAAAGUACAUUAAGUACUGAUCAAAUACAACAACCAACGAGAUAAAUCAAAAUAUGUCGAAAACAGUUGUGAAGUUACAGACACUCCUGUUAGGGUUUCUCUUCCUCAUAUAUGUUCUUCAUGUGCUUCGAGGUUUGUAUCUACUCAUUAGUUUGAUGGUGAUAUGAUGUUGAUGAUGAUAUAUCAUUGUGUAUAUUCUGUCCUUAGAUACAUGUUUCUUCUCUUCAUAAAGACAUUAGUCUUGACGAUGUUAAGUAUAUGUAGGUGGAUCUCUUGCUGGAGAUCUCUUGAUAGGAAGGAAGGUAAAUUAACAAAGUUUUAAUUAAAUUAGCUUUUGGUUUUUUAUUCAUUAAAGUUGACUGAUUUUCAUUUGAAACAAUAACAUCACGUACAAUUAGAAAAAUUGUAUAUAUCGUUCAAAUCCAGUUUAUCAUUGAGUUUUCGAUGAAAUCAUUGUAAUUACUCUUUGAUUUAAAUUUCCGUUGCAUUUCUUUUUGUUUCUGCAUCAGGUUGAAAUAUGUUAAAAAUAAAACUAUUUUUUAGACUAUAAAAAUACAUUUCAGCUUUUGAAUAAAUUUUUUUGGAUGUGGUGAACUUUUGAUUUAAUCAUUCGAAUCGAAAACUCUCAAAAGUUCUUUUUUUUUGAGAAAAAAAUUCUCUAAAAAGUUGACUGAUCUCUUUGUCAAAUAUUAAGCAGUUUUCGCAGCUCACAUCUCGGGUUGAAACAACAAAUGUAGCUACUCGAUCGUUGAAAGAUUCAGUGUCAACAGAUUUAGAAAGAGAGGUGGAUCACUUAAUGAGGCACGAGUAUCCCUCACCAGUGAAUCCAAAGAAAAGAAGUCCGGUUCACAAUUGAUCAACUUUCGAGCAACUGUUCUUUUAAAUAGUAGUUUAAUAAGUUUCUUGAAAUGGAUGUAAUAUUGCUGAAUAUGAGUACAUUAUAUUACUUACAAAGGGUUCAUUGACUGGAA